AGGAAGCCGGGCGGCCAUCUUGGAUCAUCCGGGAGCGGCGGCGCUGCUGCUGCUGGCUGAGGGGAAGCCCGCCUGGGUGUCGCUUCCUUCGAGCGAAGCUUUGGGUGGCUGAGAGGGCUGGGGGGGAGGAGAAAGCCCUGUGCGGCCUCAGCCUGACCCGGUGGCUGGGGUGGGGGGGAAGAAAGAAGGGAGGAGGGUGUUAAAUAUGAGAGCCGGGGCCCGGUGAAGCUGGGCUGGGGGCCGGGGAGAGAGGGGAAGAGAGGCUCGAGGGAGGGGUGGAGAAGCCUCCUUGGAGCAGCACCCCGUAGGUGGUGAGGAGAGGGCGUGAGGGGAGCAGAAAGCGGGUUUUAACCCAUCCCCCUCCCCAUUGCCUCUUAGUGGGGCUUUGCUGCUCCUGCAGCAGCGCCCUGCACCCCUCCUCGCCCACAGCACCGUCCUGCAAGCUGCUGGGCUAAGUCGACUCUUAGCCUCCUCCUCGCCUCCUCCCAGCCCCCUCUCGACGCUUCCCUCACCCCCUCUUGGCACUUCCAUGAGAAAUCCCCUUUCCCUUUAAUCCCUCCGCCGCCACCUUCUGAGGCUCCUAAUCUUGGCUGUAGGAUGAUCCCUGAAGUCUCCCAGGGGGAUACAAUGCCUCGUUGCCAGACUGGAAUAUAGAUGAGGUAGUGGUGCUGGAGGAGGAGGAAAUCACCCAAAUUUCCCUUCCUUCCCCCCCACUCCAUGGUUUCUUGAUGGUGGCCCUUUGUAACCACUAUCAUGCAGUAGAAUUGCCAUUUUUUUGUAAAUAUAUAUAGGGUUUUUUUAAGGGAAGGAAGGUGUCAGGGUUUAUUUUUUAAACCCAGCUAUACGUUAUUUUUUUAAAAUAACGUAUAGCUGGGUUUUGCCAUCGCAAACGGAGCUGCAGCACAAGUGAAUGAAAAUGUCCACUAGAACUCCACUGCCCACGGUGAAUGAACGCGACACUGAAAAUGAUGCUGGAACGUCACUAGGGGAAAGCUUUUGUGAAAAGCACACCUCUCACAGUGAAGGACGGCAGGAUGUUUCCUCUCGGACUAGUCGCUCAGGGGCCCGCUGUAGGAAUUCUAUAGCUUCCUGUGCAGAUGAGCAGCCCCACAUUGGGAAUUACCGACUUCUCAAAACGAUCGGAAAGGGAAAUUUUGCAAAAGUGAAACUGGCCAGACACAUCCUCACCGGCAGAGAGGUUGCAAUAAAAAUAAUCGACAAAACGCAGUUGAAUCCGACUAGUUUACAAAAGCUGUUCAGGGAAGUAAGGAUAAUGAAGAUUUUAAAUCAUCCAAAUAUAGUUAAAUUAUUUGAAGUAAUCGAAACAGAAAAAACACUCUACUUAAUCAUGGAGUAUGCUAGUGGGGCUGGUCCAUCUAUUCCUCCAGUCGUGACAUAUCCAAAAAGAAGUCAGACCAGCACUGCAGACGGCGACCUCAAGGAAGACCGGAAGUCUAGCAGCAGUGCUGCCGGAGGAAGAGGGAUUGCUCCUGCCAGCCCCAUGCUUGGGAAUGCCAGCAAUCCCAAUAAGGCUGAUAUUCCUGAGCGGAAGAAAAACUCUGCUGCCCCUAAUAGCAACACUGCACCUGGAGCCAUGACCCGGCGAAAUACCUAUGUUUGUAGCGACCGACCCACUACAGACAGGCAUUCGGUCAUUCAGAAUGGGAAGGAGAGCAGCUUGACCGAAAUGUUCGCUUAUGCAGCUAGCCCUGCCACAGUAUAUACCGCAUCCUCCAUCAGUGUUCGGCUGCGACAUCAGAAGUCGAUGUCCAUGUCAGCCUCUGUGCAUGCGAAGAUGAUGUUGCCUGCAGUAUACAAUGACACAGAUAACUUCAGGUCUAUCACUGUUACUGAUCAGAGAACCCCCGUUGCUUCAACUCACAGCAUCAGCAGUGCGACAACGCCGGACCGGAUCCGUUUCCCAAGAGGAACUGCGAGUCGUAGCACUUUCCACGGCCAGCUCAGAGAACGGCGUACGGCCACUUACAACGGACCUCCUGCGUCGCCCAGUCUGUCUCAUGAAGCUACACCGCUUUCACAGACACGAAGUAGGGGCUCCACUAACCUAUUCAGUAAAUUAACCUCAAAGCUGACAAGAAGGCUCCCGACUGAAUAUGAGAGGAACGGGAGAUAUGAGGGCUCAAGUCGCAACGUUGCCGGCGAUCCGAAGGACGAGAACAAAGAGGCUAAACCCCGUUCCCUGCGCUUCACCUGGAGCAUGAAAACCACCAGUUCCACGGUUACAGGCGACAUGAUGCGGGAGAUCACGCGAAGGUCACUGGCAGCGAAUAAGCACUGUGACUACGAAGACAGAAGGGAAGCGCUGUACCUUGCUUUUCUCAAGGUCCAUCGGGACGGCCACGCGGAGAACCUCGUGCAGUGGGAGAUGGAGGUGUGUAAGCUGCCAAGACUGUCCCUGAACGGAGUUCGCUUUAAACGGAUAUCGGGAACAUCGAUAGCUUUUAAAAACAUUGCUUCCAAAAUUGCCAAUGAGUUAAAGCUGUAAUGAGAGGAGAGCAAAUCAAGUUUGUAAAUUUAAAAAGUAGCAAUUUCGAGGUUUUUUUUUUUUCCUUCCUUUGAGAUCGCCAAUGGAAAUGUAUAGAAUAAUAUUUAGGGCAAUAACCUCUGCAUCUUCUGAAUCAUGAUAUUAAAGGAAAACAAGUCGCUGAGCUGGGAGGGAGAGUUGGACUUUUUUAUAUAUAUAUAUAUAUAAGUGCACUGCAGCAUUAAAGUUGCCUCCUAUGUAAAA